CGCCCAUUGACCAACUCCACGCGCCGAUUAGGCACUUACACUUCACAUAUCAACUUCUUUAUAACUUCUCUAGAAACCCUCUAGCACUUCUCUAGCACUUCUCUAGAACUUCUCUAGGACUCCUCUAGGACUCCUCUACAUAUUGUCUGGCCUCUCUCAGUUCCAAUUGACCACGUUCCUGCAACAUGGCGUUCCCCACACUGCACGCCCGCGCAGAGGCCAAGCCCUUCGAGCACCGCUCCUGCCUCACGCCCACCACCACCAAGAAGCUGCUCGACGCCGGCUACAAGGUCAAUGUCGAGCGCAGCCCCACCAACCCCGACUACGAGCGCAUCUUCAAGGACAAGGAGUUUGAGGAUGCCGGCGCGACGCUCGUCGAGGAGGGCUCGUGGACAAAGGCGCCCAGGGACCACAUCAUCAUCGGCCUGAAGGAGCUGCCCGAGGAGGACUGGCCGCUCGAGCACACCAUGGUCCACUUUGCGCAUUGCUACAAGCAGCAGGCCGGCUGGGAGAAGGUCCUCGCUAGGUUCCCCCGCGGCGGCGGUGUGCUGUACGACCUCGAGUUUCUGCAGGACGAGUCUGGCAGGCGUGUUGCUGCGUUCGGCUACCACGCUGGCUUCGCCGGUGCUGCUCUCGCCAUCAAGACCUGGGCGUGGCAGCUCACCCACCCCAACGGCGAGCCCCUCCCCGGCAUCGAGACCUUCACCGACGGCCGUGGCUACUACAACACCGAGAGCGACCUCAUCGCCCAGCUCAAGGAGGACGUCGCCGCCGGAGAGAAGGUCGCGGGCCGCAAGCCCACCAGCCUGGUCCUCGGUGCGCUGGGCCGCUGCGGCUCCGGCGCGGUUGAUCUGCUCGAGAAGGUCGGCUGCCCUGAGAUCAAGAAGUGGGAUCUUGCCGAGACCAAGGAGCGCGAUGGCCCGUACCCGGAGAUCAUCGAGUCGGACAUCUUCGUCAACUGCAUCUACCUCUCCAAGCCCAUCCCCCCGUUUGUCGACCGCAAGAGCCUGGAGAGCGCCAACCGCAAGCUCAGCGUUGUCUGCGACGUCAGCUGCGAUACGACGAACCCGCACAACCCGAUCCCCAUCUACAACAUCAACACCACGUUCGACAAGCCGACUGUCAAGGUCGACGUCGGGGGCAACGGGCCUACACUGUCGGUUAUCUCGAUCGACCACCUGCCGUCGGCGCUGCCGCGUGAGUCGUCCGAUGCCUUCAGCAACGCACUUCUGCCCAGCUUGAUGGGUUUGAAGGACCGCGACAGCACGCCUGUCUGGCAGGGCGCCGAGAAGCUCUUCCAGGAGAAGGUGCAGACGCUGCCUGGCGGCGUGCCUAGGAAGGAGGUGUAA